AUGUCUUCCAUGAAGUCUGUUGCUUACUUUGUCAACUGGGCGAUCUACGGACGCAACCACAACCCCCAGGAUGUCCCUGCUGACAAAUUGACCCACGUUCUGUAUGCCUUCGCCAACGUGCGUCCGGAAUCCGGGGAAGUGUACUUGUCCGACACUUGGUCCGACAUCGAGAAACACUACCCCACGGACUCCUGGAACGACGUUGGCACCAACGUCUAUGGCUGCAUUAAGCAGUUCUACUUGCUGAAGAAGCAGAACCGCAAGCUGAAGAUCUUGCUCUCUAUCGGAGGAUGGACCUAUUCCUCCAACUUUGCCCAGCCGGCAAGCACCGACGCUGGACGGACUCGGUUUGCUGAGAGUGCUACGAAGUUGGUGUUAGAUUUGGGACUGGAUGGUUUCGAUGUUGAUUGGGAAUAUCCUAAAGAUGAAACCCAGGCCCAGAACUUUGUCUUGCUUCUGCAGAAGUGCCGCGAGACUCUCAACAGGGCUGCCGGUGGCAACCGGAAGUUCCUUCUUACGAUCGCUUGCCCGGCUGGCCCCGAGAACUACACCAAGCUCAAGCUUGCUCAGAUGACUCCUUACUUGGACUUCUACAAUCUGAUGGCCUACGACUAUGCCGGCAGUUGGGACGCCAAGGCUGGCCACCAGGCCAACAUUAACUUCUCUAACAGCAAUGCUGCGUCCACGCCGUUCUCGACCGUGCAGGCCCUGGACUACUACACCAAGGUCGGGCAGGUCCCGUCGUCGAAGAUUGUGCUGGGGAUGCCCCUCUACGGACGUGCCUUUACCAAUACCGACGGGCCCGGCACCCCCUUCUCCGGAGUCGGACAGGGAAGCUGGGAGAAUGGUAUUUGGGAUUACAAGGCUUUGCCCAGAGCUGGCGCAACGGAGCAGUAUGAUAACCAGACCGGCGCAUCCUGGUCCUAUGACCCGUCCGCCCGCGCUAUGGUGUCCUACGACAACGUCCGCAUGGCAGAGCAGAAGGUGAACUUCAUCAAGCAGAACAACCUCGGCGGUGGCAUGUGGUGGGAAACCAGCGGCGAUCGGGGUGGAAAGGCUGCCAACAAAGGCGACGGCAGCUUGAUCGGAACCUUUGUGGCAGGCGUUGGCGGAACCGGGGCUUUGGACCAGUCAGCCAACGCUCUGGACUAUCCCGAGAGCAAGUACGACAACUUGAGAGCCAAGAUGCAGUAG